AUGGCUCCCCUCGCGCUGCUCCUACUUCCCGCCUUGCUCUCCCGCCUCCCCUGCCACGCCGCGGGCAUCCAUGAACGGGCCGCCGUGCCUCGCGGCGUCUCCCGCUUGGUGGCCCGCAUGGACGGCGACGUCAUCAUCGGCGCCCUGUUCUCCGUGCACCACCAGCCGUCGGCGGAGAAGGUGGCCGAGCGCAAGUGCGGGGACAUCCGCGAGCAGUACGGCAUCCAGCGCGUGGAGGCCAUGUUCCACACCCUGGACCGCAUCAACGCCGACCACCAUCUCCUGCCCAACAUCAGCCUUGGCUGCGAGAUCCGGGACUCUUGCUGGCACUCCUCCGUGGCUCUGGAGCAGAGCAUCGAGUUCAUCCGAGACUCGCUCAUCUCCAUCCGGGACGACAAGGACGGCUCCAAGUGGUGCGUAGACGGCCAGUCCCACUCUAGUCAACCGCCGCCCACCAAGAAGCCCAUCGCCGGUGUGAUCGGACCGGGGUCCAGCUCAGUGGCCAUCCAGGUCCAGAACCUGCUACAGCUCUUCAACAUCCCACAGAUCGCUUACUCGGCGACCAGCAUCGAUCUGAGCGACAAGACACUGUUCAAGUACUUCUUGAGGGUGGUGCCCUCCGACACCUUGCAGGCUCGAGCCAUGCUGGACAUCGUGCAGCGCUACAACUGGACUUAUGUUUCUGCUGUACACACUGAAGGGAACUACGGCGAGAGCGGCAUGGAGGCCUUCAAGGAGCUGGCAUCCCAGGAGGGCCUGUGCAUCGCCCACUCGGACAAAAUCUACAGCAACGCUGGCGAGAAGCAGUUCGACCGCCUCUUGAGGAAACUGCGCGAGCGUCUACCCAAAGCGCGUGUGGUGGUUUGCUUCUGCGAGGGCAUGACCGUACGCGGCCUCCUCAUGGCCAUGCGACGCCUGGGGGUGUACGACGAGUUCCUCCUGAUCGGCAGCGAUGGGUGGGCUGACCGCGACGAGGUGGUGGAGGGUUACGAACAAGAAGCCAAGGGAGGCAUCACCAUGAAGCUGCAGUCCGCAGUGGUCAAGACUUUUGAUGACUACUACCUGAAGCUGCGACUUGACACCAACACCAGGAACCCUUGGUUCGCAGAGUUCUGGCAGUAUCGCUUCCAGUGUCGUCUGCCUGGCCAUCCCCAGGAGAACAAGAACUACAAAAAAGUCUGCUCUGGAAACGAGAGCCUUCAGGAAAACUACGUUCAGGACAGCAAAAUGGGCUUCGUCAUUAACGCCAUAUACGCCAUGGCGCACGGCCUUCACGACAUGCACAGGGAGCUGUGCCCGGGCCAAACGGGGCUGUGCGAGGCCAUGGACCCCAUCGACGGCAGCAAGCUUCUCGACUACUUGCUUAAGACGUCCUUCAGGGGAGUCUCCGGGGAGGACAUCUACUUUGACCAAAAUGGAGAUACCCCUGGAAGGUACGACAUUAUGAAUCUGCAGAACGUGGAGGACGGCCGCUACGACUACAUCAACGUGGGCUCCUGGCACGAGGGCGUUCUGAGCAUUGACGACAACAAACUGUGGAUGAACAGCAGUGACAUGGUGCGCUCGGUUUGCAGUGACCCAUGUUCCAAAGGACAGAUCAAGGUGAUCAGGAAGGGUGAGGUGAGCUGCUGCUGGAUCUGCACCACGUGUAAGGAAAAUGAAAUAGUCCUGGAUGAGUUCACUUGCAAAGCUUGUGAACUGGGAUGGUGGCCUGCUGAUGACUUAGCAGGUUGCCAGCCACUGCCACUGAAGUAUCUGGACUGGGCCGAUGUUGAAUCCAUGGUGGCAGUGGCGUUCUCCUGCGUGGGAAUCCUCAUCACUUCCUUUGUGACGUUCGUCUUCAUCCAGUACCGCGACACUCCCGUGGUCAAAUCCUCCAGCCGAGAGCUUUGCUACAUUAUCCUGGCGGGCAUCUUCCUAGGCUACAUCUGCCCGUUCACUCUGAUCGCCCGGCCUACCGUUCCCUCCUGCUACCUGCAGCGCCUCCUGGUAGGCCUGUCGUCGGCCAUGUGCUACUCGGCGCUAGUGACCAAGACAAACCGCAUUGCUCGCAUCUUGGCGGGCAGCAAGAAGAAGAUCUGCACGCGCAAGCCACGUUUCAUGAGUGCUUGGGCGCAGGUUAUCAUCGCUUUCAUGCUGAUUAGCGUCCAACUCACGCUGGAGGUCACCCUCAUUAUCCUGGAGCCGCCCGAACCCGUCAAGUCGUACCCAAGCAUUCGCGAGGUCUACCUCAUCUGCAACACCAGCAACCUUGGCAUGGUGGCACCGCUGGGCUACAACGGCCUGCUCAUCAUGAGCUGCACUUACUACGCCUUCAAGACGCGCAACGUCCCGGCCAAUUUCAACGAGGCCAAAUACAUCGCCUUCACCAUGUACACUACUUGCAUCAUCUGGCUGGCGUUUGUGCCCAUCUAUUUCGGCUCCAACUACAAAAUCAUCACCACCUCCUUCUCCGUCAGCCUUAGCGUCACCGUGGCGCUGGGCUGCAUGUUCACGCCCAAGAUGUACAUUAUCAUCGCCAAGCCCGAAAGGAACGUACGAAGCGCCUUCACCACAUCCGACGUGGUGCGAAUGCACGUCGGGGACGGCAAGUCGGCUGCGGCGUGCGGCACCAACAGCUUCCUCAACAUGUUCCGCAGGAAGAAGCCCGCAGCUGGCAACGCCAAUUCUAACGGCAAGUCUGUGUCAUGGUCUGAAUCAGGUGCAAGACACCCUCCGAGCGGGGGCAAUGUGUGGCACAGACUGUCUGUGCAUGUGAGGAAACAGGAAGCCGGCCUGAAUCAGACGGCAGUCAUCAGACCCCUAACUAACACGCCCGACCCCCACAGUUGUCAGCCCCCUGCCGCCACCGCUGCCCGCGACCUUGGCACAGACCCUCGCCCGCCCCCGCAAGAGCCGCCACCCUCUGCCCCGCCUGCUCCGUACACAGGCCCCCUGGUGGAAACUCACCGCUCGCACGCCCCGGCCCCUUCUCCUGGAGAGCCGUUGAUCUUUACAGAGCUCCCUUUGGGGACACCGCUCGAGGAGGGGGUGUCUCCGGAUGACCAGUUGGAACUUUUGCAUGAUUACAUGUAUGAUGCCAAGGAGGUGGAAGCGGAGGGGCAGAAGCUGGUCCUGGAGGACACCCCGGCUUUGUCCCCACCGUCCCCCUUCAGAGACUCGGUGUGUUCGGAGGAGUCCGCCCCGGGGUCCCCCACCAUGGAGUCCAUACUGGGGGGUCCCCACUACACCGCUCAAGCUCUCCGAGACUUUGCACACAGCUCCUCGACACUGUGA